AUGGCGGCGCCCAGGUCGACGAGAGCUCGGCGGCUUUGGGAUGGUUUGGCGGCGGCGGCCGCCGUCUUCUUCCUCCUCCUCCCUCUUCUUCCCGCGGCGGAGGCCGAGGGGGACCAAAGCACGGCCGAGUUCGACGUGAGGCCCGGCGGGGCGGUCCACUCGUUCUCGAAGAGCUUGGGAGACUACACCUGCACUUUCACCUAUGCUGCUCAAGGUGGGACCAACGAAAAAUGGCAGAUGAGCAUUGGGAUCAGUGAAGAUAAUCUGCUGUUUUCCUGUUCCGUCUGGAGGCCCCAAGGGAAGUCUUACCUCUUCUUCACCCAGUUUAAAGGCGAAGUCAAAGGAGCAAAGAUCGAGUAUGGCAUGGCCUACUCCACGGCUGCGGCUGGAGGGCAGAGGGACAUCGCCUUAAAGGAGGAGGAAUUCCAGGUGACGGAAACAGCAGUGUCUCACAAGGAAGGCAAAUUCCGCUCAGAACUCUCCAAGCUGCUGAUCGUCGCCAAAACGGCCCACGACGAGCUGUGAACCGCCGAUUUCCCUCGCCUGAUAGAAGGUGGUCUGCUUUGCCGGGGACUUUGCAAGCGGAUCUUCUGGCCGGCUCUAUGCAGGGGUGGGGACCUCUCUCCUGUGCGCCGGGCUUCGUUUGAGUAGGAAUCGGGGGAAGCGUUUGGAAAACUGCACAGUGCUUCGGCACCACAAAAACCCUGAAAGCUCCUCUUGAAAUGCUUCUGGUGUUCUGCUUUGGCAGCGGUCUCUCGGAAAUACGAAACGUCGCCGGCGGUGCGGGAAAUGAAGGCGGGGCGCCGUUUGCCAUCCUAGUACAGCGGACGCUCGGGUUGCGAACGUGAUCCGUGCGGGAGGCGCAUUCGAAACCCGCACGCGACGCAAUUUGGUACUUCUGCGCAUGCGCAAAGAGUGAUCAAGC